AGAAUGACGGUUUGGAAGAAAAUAAGGAAUUCCUUAAAAUAUUACUGAAGACGCCGAAGAAUGCGGUACUGGGAAGGAACAGCGAGGCCACGGUGGAAAUCAUGGAUCCAAGAGGAGGUCAAUGCAGAGCCCGAAAUGUGAACACAAGAGAGGUGUCCUUACACGCAGGACACGUCGGCAGCCCCGCAAGGCAGCACCUCAGCAAUGACAGGGAGAAAUCUUCCUACGACGCCAAAAUGUCAUCUCCAAAGAUCACCCAGAUCCUCCUGCCCAACACGCGUGCAUCCGAGCAUUCCAGAAGCCAUCUUUAUCAUUCCGGCCCGGACUCCGGCAGCGAGCUACCCUCACGUCGCCCAGGGCAACAGCUACAUCUCCCUGGAAGCAGCGUUCUCUAUCACGGGAUCAUCCCAAUGAGCGGACCUCAACCGACCAAUAGGAGAGGAGAUGUCUGGCUGCUUGGCGCUGGGCCAAGUCUUUCUCAAGAUCCUGAGGAGCGCCCCCUGCAGGACUCUGCUCCACUGGACUCUGUGCACAAGUCAAGUAAUGAGACACAGCAGGAUAGAAAGCUCAGGGAAUGUCCGGCAGGGUGGACCCUUCAUCAGAAACACUGUUAUUAUCACAACACUCUACAAAAGUCCACCUGGGAGGGGGCGGAGCACGACUGCGCACAGAGGUCUAACAGCCAUCUAACCAGCGUGCAUUCGGAGGCAGAUAUGAGCUGGCUCUGGAAGUUUGCUGGGAAGAAGCCAUUUUGGAUUGCACUUCUAUCGACUAUAAAACUGGCAGACAGGAGAGUGAUAUACGAAAAUGAAAAAAGAAAAGAAAUGCAGAUAUAUGUGUGCGUGCGUGUGUACGCAAGGCAGAAAAAUACAGUUUUAAAAGACACUAGCGUUUUGUUCUUACCUCCGGUUCCCGGAUUCCUUCAGCACUCUUUUGUCUAAGCGAAGCAGACGCUUAUCCCGUCAGCACUACGAGACAACCUCCCGCCCUUUGCUGAGGGAUAAUGUCUGCUGAUCUACCUAGUGCAGAUAUGUGAAGGACAGGACGAGCCGCCAAUUGAUAAAGCUAAAUAUUUAUCGUGUAUAUAACCCUUUAUGAGGUCUAGGAACACUGUACGCUAGCUACGUAAGAAGUACCGUAAGGGUACGCUAGUUGCGUAUCGAUCGCUUAGCCGUGAUCUAGACGCUCAAGCGUCACGUUCACUCACGGCCAAGAGAUCACAGGCAGACACGUUAUUGGCUGUUGACUAUCGUAAUGAUUCGCUAUAGCGUAGCGGCGCUCGGGACCACGAGGAGAUCACCAGCGAUGCAGACGCUCACAACGUUAAACCUUUAUAUCUAUACCUCUAACAAUGAAAUACACAGUAAACCUUAGUGUGGAGACAAUGUGU